AUGAAGCUCAUCAACGUUCAUUCACUAGCCAUCGAAAGCUUCGGUGCAAGUGAAACGAUCCCACGAUAUGCGAUACUGUCACAUACAUGGGGCAACGACGAGAUCAGCCUUCAGGAAUGGACCGCCAACUACAACGACCCCUCUCCAGAGUACCUAGAGAAGCCCGGAUACUCGAAGAUUGUCCAUGCUUGCUCCAAGACGCGAGACGAUAGGCUGGGGUAUCUCUGGGUAGAUACAGUUUGCAUCGACAAGACGAGCAGCGCAGAACUCUCGGAGGCCAUCAACUCCAUGUUCGCAUGGUACGAGCGUGCCGCUGUCUGUCUCGUCUAUCUGGCCGAUGUGGAAUGGGCAGAUGACCUCGUCCACAAGAUUUACUCCAAACAAGACUCAAGUUUUGGUUCGAGUCGAUGGUUCAGUCGAGGGUGGACCUUACAGGAGUUAUUGGCACCCGAAAAAGUCUUCUUCUUUACCAAGGAAUGGAUAGAAAUCGGAACGAAGUCGGAGCUGAUGUUCCAUAUCUCGAAGAUCACCGGCAUCGACGUCACUUACCUGACUAGCACCCGAAGGAUAUGGUCCGCGAGCGUUUCUGCAAGAAUGAGCUGGGCUUCCAAACGACAGACGACCAGGCCGGAGGACAUAGCCUACUGCCUUCUGGGUAUAUUCGACAUCAAUAUGCCGCUAUUGUACGGCGAGGGCUCGAGAGCGUUUCUACGACUGCAGGAGGAGAUCAUCAAAUCAUCCGACGACCACACCAUAUUCUGCUGGGCUUGGGUCCCGCACAAGACGCCCAAUCAAUGGCAGAGUGUCCUGGCGCCUUCGCCAGCAGUCUUUGCGAACUCGAGCUCGUUCGUGGCCACACACAGAAACGUCGACAGCUCGCCUUACCAGAUUACGAAUAUCGGCUUGCGCAUCAGGCUUCCUGUCGUUGCGGCCGUGAACUGCCUCUGCGCGAUGCUCUCAGUCAUCAGCACCGACGAAGGCAACCUGGAGCACAAGCGCAUGAUGUGUUUGCCUCUGAUGGAGGAAGGCAUCAUCCAUCGCCGCUGUCCGUUUCCCAUGCAGCCUUUCCCCGUUCAUCGAUCACUGGCUUGCGAUACCAAGGAGAUGCAUCUUCUCUACAAGAUCUCGAGAAACACGGAAGAUCUGAUGCCAUGGCCGUACCGUCAUCAGUUUGAGUACGGGUUCUACAUCAAUAUCCUCGACGAAUCCUUCUCGACGGAUAUGAACCAUCAAAUGAUAAGGUCUAUUGACUGCUUAGUCCCUCAAUACAAGCAGACCCCGACUUCGCAUACGUCACGGCCUGUCUACAGCGCCGUUGGGUUCCGGUCGACUUUGAAGCACGAUUUCGGAGGGUUGAUAUUGAGACUCAACCAUCAAGACGACAGAUUUCUUGUCUUGCUCUCUGUCAGCAAACGUGGCAACAAGCACCAGUGGAGUUGCGAGAUUGUCGAUCCCAAAUACGACGAGUAUAACGCCACCCAAUGGCUCCGAGAGUUUGAAGGGCCCCUGAACAGCGUCGAAGCCUCCCCCGACUGCACCUUCCACACUGCCAUCUCACAAAGUCAGCGGUCGAAGAUACUUGUGGCGCUAGACGGAGACAUCCGAGAUGAAACCGGUCGAAGAUUGAGGGUUGUCUACAUAGUAAUUUCCAAGACGGAAGGCAGCGGUAAUCGGAUGCAAGAUGUGUGGACGAAGCUUCAGCAGAGCUUCGACGGCAGUAGUGGGCGACGCUUGUUGUCAUAG